GCUUAAUAAAGGGUGUGUGCAAUUUCCCACCACUGGGAAAAAUCCAAGAACGAAAUCAAGAGGAUGUUGGAUUUAAGGAUAAAGAUAUAGAAUUAGAUCGGUGAAAAAAAAACAAUGAGAAUGUCGAAGGCAAAUUUUUUCACUGAACUUUAGUAUAUCUCUCAGCCUACCAGCUUUGAAACAAAAUACUUCAGGCUAUUGAAGUGAACACUGAAUCAAUCAUUUUUUUCACGAAUAAUAUUUUUCACCUUUCAUCUUCGUGGUCAUGCUGGGAGAUUUUUGAAGAAAAACAGCGGAUGAGCACAGGAAGAGACAAAGCAGAUAUUCAAAUACAGGAUAAAAGCCAUUACAAAAAUCAGUUUAUAUAGACACUGAUUUUUUGUUUGUGUGAGACAAGUAGCAUUUCAUCGCUUUACACAGCCAGGUAAUCUGUCGAAGUAAGCGGACUAAUUCUUGACGAAGAUGCAGUAAAGCUUCGACGACACUACCACAGAUGGCGUUCCUCAACACUGCUGAAGACGACCAAAAGAUGUUCUAUGACAACGAAACAUUUGAACUGGAACCUGAUUACGACGCGGGAAGCGACUCAGACAGCAGGCGAUCAGAAAGUGCCACCCGCCACAGUAAGUCGAACUCAAACCAAAGCGUCAUAAUAACAUCUGAAACAGGGAGACAAUUUGACGACAAUUUCAUCUUAAAGGCUCGUGGCUGGAACGAGACAGAUUCAGACACGAAAGAAAAAGUUAAGAAAAACCACAACCAUGCCCUUCCUCAACAGAUUCCCCUGCAAAGAAUCAAAGCGACGCCAAGAAUUGAAGUGAAACCAUCUUUUACAAGUAUAACAGCAAAUUCCCAUGGCAUUGAGCAUACAUAUGACGAAUCAAAGUCAAAAACCCUGUCAGUCAAUGACGUGUCUUUAAUUGAAGACAAUGAUGACCCACUUCUUGGACAAAAUCUAAAUAACUUAAUUAGACGGAGAAAGCUCAGUUCCAAGAAAGGGAGCAAGCGAAGGAGGCCCAGUAGUAGGCGCGGUAUCGUUCCUGGCUUGGAAAACCAUGAAUUUAUGCGACGCCAGAGGUUGUUACCUAAAGGAGACAAAGGGAGUGAAAAUGAAGACUACAUGCGACUAUAUAAGGAAAAUCAGGACGAGUCGACGGAGGAGGAGAUUUUUCAAAAUAUCAAGCUCCAGAAGGACAUCAUUGAGAGCAUCAGAACACAACCCUGGCGGAUGAGACGGAAACUAAAAACAUUACAACUAGCCAAGUCGUAUGUUGAGAAGUAUGAAGGACGGCUGUCUCGUAGCCAUGGUUACCAAGAGGCUGGAGCCAAAUUUUGGAGAAUGUUUAAACGCGAAGCAACGAAUUUUUUCGCCCUCUUUAUUCCAUGGGAAAUGCGGAUAAAAAGGACAGAGAGUCACUUCGGAUCCGUUGUGGCGUCUUACUUCAUAUUCAUGCGCUGGAUAUUUGGCGUCAACCUCAUUCUAUCGUUGAUCACCGUAGGAUUCAUAAUGAUCCCGGAAAUCAUCUUGGGAGACCCACAUGGCUCUACAGCUAGAAAAACGGUCCCAGCAGAAGAAUCAGAUCAUGCCAUGGACCUGAAGACUUUGUGGAACUUUGACGGCUACUUGGAGUAUUCGCCGAUAUUCUAUGGUUACUAUGGUAACGAAAAAGUCAUUGGUAGCUGGUAUCGUCUGCCACUGGCGUAUUUGUUGGUAGGAUUGGCUACCUACGGUUAUAGCUUUGUCACCAUUCUUAGAAAGAUGGCGCAUAAUGCCCGAGAGAGCAAGUUGGUCUCCAAAGGUGAUCAGUACACGUUUUCAUGGAAGUUGUACUCUACAUGGGACUUCAUGAUUGGCAACGCGGAAACGGCACACAACAAAUUUGCUGCAAUUGCCACAAGCUUCAGGGAAGCAAUAAUAGAAGAAGAAGAGAAGAAAAAGGAAGACAACAGGUACCUUCUCAUUUUUCUCCGCAUCCUGGCUAACAUCUUCGUGCUGGCCGUGCUGGGGGCCAGCGCCUACACUGUAUUCCUAGUAGUGGAGCGUUCCCAGCACUUCGAGCAGAAGGUCAAAGAGCAAGGCCCCGAUUCCGUUAAUUGGUGGGAGGCAAACGAGGUAGCCAUUGUGAUGUCAUUGAUUACACUGCUUUUCCCGUCUCUGUUUGAGCUGAUUGGAAUGAUGGAAAAGUACCACCCCCGGGUCAACCUCAGGUGGCAGCUGGCAAGGAUUUUAGUGCUGUAUCUGCUGAAUCUUUACACGCUAUGCUUUGCGCUGUUCCACAAGAUUAAUUUCCUGAAAGAGCAGUAUGCCGAUAACGUCUCGUCCAUGCAAGCGGCCAAUCUAACAUGCUUCCAAAAGAACGAAAGCACCUUUAACACAUCCUGUGCCGAAGCUGCCGCCUCUCAGAGGGUUCUGUUAGACACCUGUUGGGAGACUAUGGUCGGGCAGGAGAUGGUGAAGUUGACCGUGUUUGACCUGUUGACCACAGUUGGUGGAAUAUUAGUGAUCGAUUUCUUCCGUGGUCUUGUGGUGAGAUACGCAAACUUCUGCUGUUGCUGGGAUCUUGAACGGAAAUUUCCAGAAUACGGGGAAUUUAAGAUAGCAGAAAAUGUGCUGCACGUGAUCUAUAAUCAAGGGAUGAUAUGGAUGGGAACGUUCUUCGCGCCUGCCUUACCUGCAGUGAAUAUUCUAAAGCUGCUUAUCUUGUUUUACGUCCGGAGCUGGGCCGUACUAGUAUGUAACAUACCUCACGAGAGAGUAUUCAGGGCGUCCAGAUCGAACAACUUCUACUUCUUCCUGGUAUUGGUGAUGUUGUUUCUCUGUACGUUUCCAACAGGCUAUGCCGUGGUGCUGAUAGAGCCGUCACCGCACUGUGGGCCUUUCAG